AUGUCUUCAAGUGAUACAGAUAAUGAUAUUCGUGAAAGAGACGCUUUAGCUAAAAGAAUAAAACAACGUGAUAAAGAUAAAAAAAAAGAUGGAUCAUUAUUAAAGUCAAAGAGUCGUGAAUACACCAACGAUCCAAAAGAAAUAGCUCGUCUUCGUUAUGAAAGUAGAAAAGGUUAUCUUAAAAAAAGGAAAGAUGAUAAAUUAGAUGAAUUAGAAUUACUUGUUAAAGAUGAUGAAACAAUAUUUUCAAAUGAAGUAUUGUCAAAAAAAGAGUUAGCAGAUAAAGAAUAUCGUAAAAAAAUUUUAGAAGCAGCAAAGGAUUAUGACAAAGCCGGAGAUAAAUUGAAAGAAAAAAGAUACCAUGUUCCUGGUAUUAAAGAUAUUGAUGAAGAAGCAAAAAAAGAACUAGAAGAUGAAUAUAUAAAAAAAGCUGAUAGACUAAAAUGGGAAGAUGAACAAUUUAAAAGUGCUCUUGGAAUUAGCAAAAAAAAUCUUAAGAAAAAGUCUGAUUUUGAUUUAGUUUUUGAUGAUGGAAUAGAUUUUGUUGAAGCUGUCACAUUAGCUGGUACCAAUAAUAUAGAAGAAUUAAGGAAAAAAGAAAAAGAAGAAUAUCAAAAAAAAAGGAAAACAAUAGAUGAAGUUCGUAAAUCUUUACCUGUCUAUUCAUUUAGAGAUGAUUUCAUUGAAGCUGUUAAGGAGUAUCAAGUUUUAAUCGUUGAAGGUGAAACUGGUUCUGGUAAAACAACGCAACUUCCACAAUAUUUAAUGGAAUGUGGUAUCGUAGAAGAAGGUAAAAUGUUGGGAUGUACUCAACCAAGACGUGUUGCUGCUAUGUCAGUUGCAGCACGUGUGGCUGAGGAAGUUGGUAGUAAAUUAGGACAAAAAGUUGGAUACACAAUUAGAUUUGAAGAUUGUACUAGUGAAAAAACAAUUAUUAAAUACAUGACUGAUGGUAUGUUGUUAAGAGAAUUUCUUAAUGAACCUGAUCUUGGUUCUUAUUCUGUUAUUAUUAUUGAUGAAGCUCAUGAAAGAACUCUUCAUACAGAUAUUCUUUUUGGUCUAGUAAAAGAUAUUGCACGUUUUCGUCCUGAUUUACGAUUAAUCAUUGCUUCUGCAACACUUGAUGCUGAAAAGUUUUCUACUUUUUUUGAUGACGCUCCAAUAUUUAGAAUACCUGGUAGAAGAUUUCCUGUUAGUAUAUACUAUACUAAAACACCCGAAGCAGAUUAUAUUGAUGCUACUAUUAUUACUGUUCUUCAAAUACAUUUAACACAACCUUUACCUGGAGAUAUUUUAGUAUUUUUAACUGGUCAAGAAGAAAUAGAAACAGUUAUGGAAGCAUUAAUAGAUCGUAUGAAACAUUUAGGAUCAAAUUAUAAAGAACUAAUUGUUCUUCCUGUUUAUGCUAAUUUACCAUCUGAUAUGCAAAUAAAAAUUUUUGAACCUACACCACCUGAUGCUAGAAAAGUUGUUCUUGCUACAAAUAUAGCAGAAACAUCUGUUACCAUUGAUGGUAUAGUUUAUGUCAUUGAUCCAGGAUUUGCAAAACAAAAUUCUUUUAAUCCACGAAGUGGUGUCGAGCAUCUUCAUGUUGUAACAAUUUCUAAAGCAGCUUCUAAUCAACGGGCUGGUAGAGCUGGAAGAACAGGCCCUGGAAAAUGUUUUCGCUUAUAUACAGCUUGGGCAUAUCAACAUGAAUUAGAUGAACAGCCAAUACCUGAAAUUCAAAGAACAAAUAUGGUGAACUUUGAUUUUAUUGAUCCUCCACCUCAUGAAACAUUAGUCAUAGCACUAGAGCAGUUAUAUGCUCUUGGAGCUUUAAAUCAUCGUGGGCAGUUAACAAAAUUGGGAAGAAGAAUGGCUGAAUUUCCUUGUGAUCCAUGUUUAUCGAAAAUGAUUAUUUCGUCAGAGAAGUAUGGAUGUACUUCAGAAAUUAUUACAAUUGCAUCAAUGCUUUCUGUUAACAGUGCUAUAUUUUAUCGACCUAAAAAUCAGAUUGUUCAUGCUGAUACAGCAAGAAAAUAUUUUUGGCAUCCUUCAGGGGAUCAUUUAACAUUACUUAAUGUAUAUAAUCAUUGGAAAGAUUCUGAAUUUUCUCAACAAUGGUGUAUAGAAAAUUUUAUACAAUAUAGAACCAUGAAAAGAGCCAGAGAUGUUCGUGAACAAUUAGAAGGAUUGUUAGAAAGAGUUGAAAUUUCGUUAUCUACAACUUCUGAACCUGAACCAAUACUUAAAGCUAUAGUAUCAGGAUAUUUUUUUAAUUGUGCUAUCCUUGAUAAGAAAGGUGAUUUUAAAACUGUUAAACAUCGUCAUACAGUUCAUAUGCAUCCAUCAUCUUGUCUUUUUGGUGAACCACAACGGUGUGUUUUGUAUCAUGAACUUGUCUACACAAGUAAAGAAUACAUGAGAGAAAUCAUUACAAUUGAUUCUAAUUGGCUUUAUGAAGUUGCUCCACAUUACUAUAAGGAAUCUUCAAAAGGUGUACCAGAAAUUUGUUAA